UUUGCAGUCAGUUUAGACGGAGAAACUGGAAUGGAUCGAUACACCUCUAAACUGUCUCCUGCUGUUGAUUAUGGUGCGGGAACGUUCUUGCUGGUGGUUGCCAUUCUCUCCAUCCUGGGCAACGCAGCCGUCCUGGUAACAGCCACCUGGCGUCACAGUAUUCUCAAAGCUCCUGAGCUCCUCACAGUCAAUCUGGCUGUGACUGACAUUGGUAUGGCUCUCAGCAUGUACCCGCUCUCAAUCGCCUCUGCCUUCAACCACGCCUGGAUUGGAGGUGACCCUUCCUGCCUGUACUAUGGCCUGAUGGGUAUGAUCUUCAGCGUGGCCAGCAUCAUGACCCUGGCCGUCAUGGGGUUAGUGAGAUAUCUGGUGACAGGAAACCCUCCGAAAUCAGGUAGCAAGUUUCAAAGAAAAACGAUCAGUAUAUUGAUCGGUGUGAUCUGGCUGUAUUCUCUGCUCUGGGCAUUGUUUCCUUUUCUGGGAUGGGGAGGAUAUGGGCCGGAACCCUUCGGUUUGGCCUGCUCUGUGGACCGGACCGGGUACCAGCACUCCUUAAAUGGCUCUUCGUUCAUUAUGGCUUUGGCCAUCCUGUGCACCCUGAUCCCAUGUGCGGUCAUCCUGUUCUCCUACACUGGCAUCGCCUGGAAGCUCCACAAGGCCUAUCAGUCCAUCCAGACCAAUGAUAACCUUCCCAACUCUGGGGCCAUUGAGAGGAAAGUCACCCUGAUGGGCAUCCUGAUCAGUGCCGGCUUUAUUGUAUCCUGGACGCCCUACGUGUUCAUCAGUCUCUGGACAAUGUUUCACUCUGAUGGCAAAGACAGCGUGGCGCCCAUUGUCAGCUUGCUACCCUGCCUCUUUGCAAAAUGCUCAACGGUGUACAACCGUUUAGUCUACUAUGUUUUCCGCAAAUCUUUCCGCAGAGAGCUUCGGCAAAUCCGGAUGUAUUGUUGCUGGGAUGCUGUGAGCAAAAUGACACUCUGUAUAGGAGCAGAAAGCUCAGAGUAAACUAGCAGGGCACAAGAGACAGCAGAGUGAACACACACUAAAUAAAAAGAAAAAGGUUGCCGGAUGGUUUGCAAUAUGGAAACGCUUGGACUCGGUGUGCUAUGGCAUUUUAUAAGAGCAUCAAGUCUGUGUCUGCAGCAGCCCACAGUAGUGCACUACUGCAUGAACAUGGGACACGGAAUAAAGUAAUUAGCAGAGGAAAUUUUUGGAAACAUUUCAUAAAGAUUCAUCUUUUGAUGCCAGUGAAACAAGCAGCACUUUAGCUUCAGAUAUUCACUGUCCCAGUCAAAUGCUGCCUGUUUGAACAAUGUCCUUUUACCUUAUCUUUUACUGCUGCCUAACCUUUUCGCUUUCGGCAGAUUAUUGUGAGA